GGCGGGGCGGGAUUGGGACUGAGCCCCCUCUUUCCCUGACUGGGAAUCGCGGGCGGGACGUUCCUGGUGGAGCUGAGCCACAAGAGCCGAACCCCCUGGUGCCCGGGUUGGUGCCCCCGCUGCCGGCAGGGAAGGGCCGUCGUGCUCGAGAUGUGCUGAGCCGUGCCUGUGCCGAGCCGAGCCGCGCCGUGCCCGUGCCGUACCCGCCCCCGGGCGCGCCUCCUCGGCGGCGCGGGAGGAGGCGGCGCGGAGCAUCGGCGGCGCCCGGGCGGGGAUGGCGGCUCCGGGAGCUCUGGAGCCGGCGGCCGGCAGCGUGCCGGGCACCAAGGUGGAGCUCACCGUGUCCUGCCGGUGAGCCGGGAGCUGGGCGAGGGAGCCGGGAGGGCGGCGGCUAGUCCGUGGACACGGGUGGGUGCGAAACGCACCGGGAUGCGCUGCGGGGCUGCUCGCCGCGUCCCGCUGCCCGCCGCUCAGCCCCUCGCUCGAGGCGUUGUGAGCUGCGCGUCCUCCUCUCUCCCCGGGUAGCUCUCGGUGCCAGGGCGUAUGCCCAGCGUCCCUCUGCCCUGCUGCUACCCGUCCCGUCCCCUUCCUGGGGUCCCAUGGGAUGCUGUCACUGGGCACGGCUGCGUGAAGCGACCCGAUGCUCUCACCCGGGGCUGGGGCGCGGGACGGCCGCUCGCGGGGCGAUGUUGGUGGGAGGUGGGUGAUGCCGGCGGGGCGCGGGGUGCCGGCGCUGAUGCGAGCGGCUGCCCGGCUCGGCGAGCUCGGUGCAAGGCGACGGGACCGGGAACGUGGCAGCUGGAUGGGGACUGCGGGAGAGGGGCUGCUCUGUGCCCCAGCUUCUGGCCAGGGUCCGCCGGUCAAGCGGCGGCGGAUGAGCCGGUCUGCCGGCUGCUAAAUAUAGCUCAUUGGAGGCACCGCUGCUCGCGGCCGGGGGUCCCGCUCCCAGGGACAGGCACCAGCGUCCUGCUGGAGGGUGGCAUCCCCCUGCCGUGGGUCCUGUGGCACGGAGCGCCCCGACCGGGAUGGGUACCUCCAGCACAUCCCUGAGCUAUGCAAACUCUGGGCCGGGCCGGGGGCUGUCGUGCCCUCUCCCCGCGGCUGAGCCCUGGCCCCCGCUGCCGGCUUGCCGGACACCCGGCAGAGGGACUAUGGGGCCGCGGGACCGGGCAGCUCCAGGCAGGAACCGAGGGUCACACCUGGAGAUAACCCAGGACAGGGGCAGCCUUCGGCUUCGCAGCCCCAGGACCCAGACCAGGGAGGGAUCUCUCCUCUGCGUGCUGAAGCCAGGGGAGCUGGCUUAGCCCCGCAGCCCCCGGCCCUGCCCCAGCCCACCCUGUGCUGCCACCCCGGGGGUGCGGGAAGUAUCCCAGCAGAGCCGGUAACAUCCCCCGGCACUUUCCGGUGUCACACCGCGCACAGGACGACGAUCAAUCGCUCUGCCGGUAGGUGUGUCGGGGGAUGCCCACUGGCUGCUCAGCCCCUGCUCCAAGUGUCUCCUUUCUUCUCACUUCUACACCCUGCCAUUAGCCAAGCUCCUGCUGCCGGGGCCCGGUGGGCACUCAGCCGGAGCCGGCGGCAUCGGGGAAGGUUUCAUCCUGUAAAUGGGUUCCCUGUCAUGUUCAAUCAUCAUCAGCGCUGGAGACGCUGCUCACCGCUCGCCCUGCUGCCCCACCGAGCCUUGCAGAGGGAGCCAGCCUGUCUCCUUGGGAGUGCAGAUGCUCUUAUCCAUGGGUGCCGGCAAUGGUCUUCUGGCAUGGUGCUGGCCUGAGAUCAGGGGGAUGGACAUGGGGACCCGUUGCUGGGCAGGUGGGUGGCACUCAGGGUGGCUCACGGCUGGCUCUUCCCCUAGGAACCUGCUGGACAUGGACACUUUCUCCAAAUCCGACCCAGUGGUGGUCCUCUAUGUGCAGGUCUCAGGGAGCAGCGAGUGGAAGGAGGUGAGCGUGGCCCCCUCUCCUGGCUAAUCCCCGGCUCGGUUAAACGGGCCCAUAUGGCCACCCGUGUCCACGCUAAUGAUCCCUCCCCGUCCACGCUAAUGAUCCGGCCCCGCCAGCAGCGCUAAUCCCCCACCGGGAUUAGCGCCGAGGCCGCUGCGAUGGGGACGGGUCCUGGGGGGGGCCACCCUCACCCCUCUCCCUCCAGUUCGGACGCACCGAGGUGAUCGACAACACCCUGAACCCCGACUUUGUCCGCAAGUUUGUCCUCGACUACUACUUCGAGGAGAAGCAAAACCUCCGCUUCGAUGUGUGAGCACAGCCUGUGCCGGGGGGACUCGGUGUGACACCAUGGUGGGACACCCCGAGGCUGUGCCCUGUGUGGGUGCUGUCUGGGGGGGAUAAGUGCCCCUUGGAAGGCUCUAACCUGCUCUUCAUCUCUCUGUGCCCCAUGGGGACUGGCAGAAGGUAGGUGCCUGCCACACAACAGCCCCUGCUCUGCCCUGGGAACCCAGCCCUCAUGGGAGUGCCUGGUGGGGCAGGAUGGGGCCAGGACACUCUAUAAGGUUGGAUUUUGAGGAGUAGGAUGGGUCUAGGGUGGCCCAAGGGGUCCAGGACAGGUCAGGGUAUGUAGGGCAGUUUGAGGGGGGACACAGGAUGUGUCCAGGGAUGUGGGCUGGCCCUGGGGGCACAGUAUGAGUGUAAGGCACAUGGAGUGGGUACCUGGGGUAGUCCUAGGGAUGCACAAUGGGUCCUGGACUGCGAGGUAGCUCUUGGGUCACAGUGUAGGUUCAGGAAACUUGGGGUGACCCAGAGCCAAGUUUGUGGCAGGUCGGAUUGCAUGGUGCAUUGGGAGAGAAAGUGGUGGGUGGGGGUGGUGGGGGACUGGAGCAACAGCCCUCCAGAGUCUCACAAUGCUUUGUUUGGGGGACAGGACUUCCUGGGUCAGGCAUUUGUGGCACUGGGAGAAGUGAUUGGGUCCCAGCGGGGACGCCUGGAGAGACCCCUAACGGGUGUCCCAGGGAAGCGGUGUGGGACCAUCCUGCUGCUGGCUGAGGAGCUGAGCAACUGCCGGGACAUCGUCACGAUGCAGCUGUGCGCCAACAAGCUGGAUAAGAAGGACUUUUUUGGAAAAUCCGAUCCUUUCCUCGUCUUCUAUCGUAGCAAUGAGGAUGGCACCUUUACAAUCUGCCAUAAGACAGAGGUGGUGAAGAACACACUCAACCCGGUGUGGCAGCCCUUCACCAUCCCCGUGCGCGCCCUCUGCAACGGCGACUAUGACCGGACGGUGAAGAUAGAUGUGUACGACUGGGACCGGGAUGGGAGCCACGACUUCAUUGGGGAAUUUGCCACCAGCUACCGGGAGCUCUCUCGAGCACAGAGUCAGUUCACAGUGUAUGAGGUGCUGAAUCCCAGAAAGAAAUGCAAGAAGAAGAAAUAUGUGAAUUCUGGCACUGUGACACUGCUCUCCUUCUCCGUUGAGUCUGAGUUCACCUUUGUUGACUACAUACGGGGCGGGACACAGCUGAAUUUCACUGUUGCCAUUGACUUCACGGCCUCCAAUGGGUUGCCAUCACAGCCCACCUCGCUGCACUACGUGAGCCCCUACCAGCUGAGCGCCUAUGCCCUGGCACUGAAGGCAGUGGGGGAAAUCAUCCAGGACUACGACAGUGACAAGCUCUUCCCUGCCUACGGCUUUGGUGCCAAAGUCCCACCUGACGGCAAGAUCUCUCACCAGUUUCCUCUGAACAACAAUGUGGAGAACCCCAGCUGUGCUGGCAUUGAAGGCGUGCUGGAGUCCUACCUCCAAAGCCUGCGCACCGUCCAGCUCUAUGGUCCUACCAACUUUGCUCCUGUCAUCAACCAGGUGGCUGGGACAGCCGCCCAGGUGACUGAUGGCUCACAGUACCACGUCCUCCUCAUCAUCACUGACGGUGUCAUCUCUGACAUGCUGCAAACCAAGGAAGCCAUUGUCACCGCUUCCUCCCUGCCCAUGUCCAUCAUCAUCGUGGGAGUAGGUCCAGCUGAGUUUGAGGCCAUGGAGGAGCUGGAUGGCGAUGAGGUACGGUUGUCUUCCCGGGGACGGUAUGCUGAGAGGGACAUUGUACAGUUUGUGCCAUUUCGGGAUUACGUGGAUGACUCAGGCAACCAGGUGCUGAGCAUGGCCCGCCUGGCCAAGGAUGUGCUGGCUGAGAUCCCUGAGCAGCUUCUUUCUUACAUGAAGACCCGUGACAUCAAGCCUCGCCGGGCAGGUCCCGAGUAGCUCUUCCAUGAGCCAUGGGACUGGCUGGGCUGACACCCGCUUCUGGCAGUGAGACCACAGGGCUGGACAUCCUCGGCUGCCUCUUCCUCCUGCCAGAUGUCCUGCAGCAAGGCGGGACUGUCCCUCGGCAGUGGCAGUGCGGGCAGGGCCAGCGCCGGGGAGGACACGGUGUGUGCGUGUGUGUGUCCCGGGAGAGCAGCCUGGCGUCUGCCCCAGGGGAAGGCUGACCCUGAGUGCCUGCCGGGGGUCUCAGCCCCGCUGCUCCUUGGGGCAGCGGCCUCGCCCUGCUCCUGCCUGCGCCCCAUUCCUGCCUGUACCCCGCUCCUGCCUGUGCCGUCUCCUCCGGCUCUGCUAACCCGGGCUGGCCGGCCUGCCUCAUGCCUGCCCCACGGCCGGGGCUCCCAACACCGCGGGGUGCCGGGGCGGAGGGCAGGCGGGUCUCUACUGCGUUACCGACUGUAAAUAAACUACUCA